CUACGAGCGAACCAGACUACUCCAUACUAGUAGUAGUCCCACGCAUCGAGAGAACAAACCAGCAGCAUUGAUUUUUAGAAGCCUAGAUAGCCUGGAAUAUCCUUUCCUAUAUCAUGACAGUAUUCAAUUCUGCAACCGUGGUGCAACAGCCUUCCACUCAGACCCCGACGAGGCGGAGAUGCAGACGGGAAGGCGCCAAGUGGACACGGUCUGGCUGCUUGACAUGCAAGCGUCGUCGAAAGCGGUGUGAUGAAGCGAAGCCCUGCUGCCAUAGUUGUGCCAGGUUGGGCUUGAAAUGUGAGGGCUAUGGCUCAAUGUGGGCAGAGCCUUUAGAUCCAUCAGCAAAUGUCUUCAGCCAAUUCAGAGCACCGAAACGGCGCAGAGUUAGUACAACAUCAGCUUCAACAACUUAUUCGCGUGUCCCGGAAGAAGAGCUCUGGUUGUCCCCGAGCUCCUCAGUCUCGAGCAGUCUAUCAACAGCGCCAACAACUCCGGCGGAAUCUGACAACAGCAGUCUAUACUCUUGGAACAAUGAGAACAAUGAAUAUGAAGACAAACAGGUUACCAUAACUGACUUUGACUCCUGCGGUACACUCACCGUGGCUUCACCCAUGCCAAGUAGGUACUUCAGUCAUCUUUCGCAUCACGAUACGCACUAUCUCCAGUAUCACACCGAGCUGGGCUCCAAGCUACUAGCCAACCUCGAGAGUAUCGACAACCCCCUUCGAUCGUUUCUCAUACCCCGGGCCCUAUCAUCGCCUCUUCUGAUGAAAGCUUUGUGUGCGGUAUCUGCAACACACUUUGCAAAUCGGUCCCGGGACAAACAGGAGGCCCAGACAGCCGCAACAGACUACUACGUUCAAACGCUGAGUGGACUGCAGUCGACAAUUGCCAAAUAUUCAGCGCGGACCCUUCCCGAUGAGGCCAUCCUGGCGGUAGCCAUGCUUUGCAAGUACGAAAUUGUACGCGGAAGCGUUCAGCAGUGGACCGCGCAUCUGAACGCCCUGCAAGAGCUCAUAGUGGCUCGCGGUGGAGUUAAUGCCCUGAAAGAUGACAUGAGGGAAUUUCUAAGCGGCUUCUACAUUUAUGCCUAUAACAUGGCCAGAAUCAGCAACCGCAAACACAUCAACCACGAUCUUGAUAUUGGCAACGUCAAAAUUUCCAAGCUCGACAUCUACAUCGGCUACGCAGAAGACCUCAUCAAGAUAUGCGCCCGAAUAGCCGACCUCCCCACCCUAUCUCAAGACCCUGUAGGCUUGGACCUAGAGGUCCACUUAAUCGACACAUCCCUUCGAGACUGGGCACCCACCAACACCGAAUAUAUCCUCCCACGGGGCAUAACCGAAUCGAACCUUAUCCGUCUGCGCAUGGUCGCCAACUGCUUCCGCGAUGCUGCGUACAUCUAUCUCCAUUCCACUCUGGAAAGACUGAACCAGAGAACGGCAUCACCAUUAUCACCACAAUUUGCUGCCCCAUUACAAUUAACACUACAUACGCCAUUCAAACCAGUACCAUCACCAUCAAUCUCACUCCCCCGAUCAACCGCAUUACAUCAGCUCUUGUCCAGAAUCAGGGAAUUCCCACUCGACGAACACUGCGAAUUCUCUGCCCUUACAUUCCCACUCUUCAUUGCUGGCUGCGAGAGCAAACAUCCCUCAGACCAGGAGCUCGUUAUACAUUCAUUGGAUAAAUUAGAGGCGAACUUCGGCAUCGGUAAUGUGAGAAGAGCAAAAGAGAUGUUGAGUAUUCUCUGGGCGGGAGAAGGCGAUGUGCAUUGGCUGGACAUGUUGGAGCGGUUACAAUGGGACUUGAUCCUUGCCUAGAUACUAUAGAUAUUGUAUAUAGAUAAUAAGUGAAUACC